CAUGGAAGUGCAACUUCACUUAGACCAUCUUUUUAGCCAAGGUGUAGUCUGAAGAUUUAUUGUACUUUUUACAGUUUCACAUCAAACAUCCAAGGCAAGUAAAACUCAUUUUGUCCAUUUUAAAUGUGACAGAGUGUCAGAAGUUUAAAGGGAAAUAUUAAACCAUAUCUUAAGUGUGUCCAGUCCAGGUUUUUCAUUCUCGCCAUCUGAAGCAGCAUGUUGUGGCAGUAACCUUCAUCAGCCACCUGAUGGCCUCAUAGAGCCCUCUGUGUUACUGUAAUAUAUUCUAUGACUCCCAUAAAGCCAUUGCCCCACCUGUCAGACACAUCUGGACAUAAUCCACUGAUCAACAUCUUUGUAUCUUGAUGGAGUCAUGUUUGCACUAGAAUGGAUAAAACUAUUGAUAAUAAUAUAUGAAUUACAUAAUAUUAAUGUAAUUUCACAAGGUCUCGGAGUCGUGUGUUGGAGCCACUGUCAUUGUAGAUUAGUCAUGUUAAAACUUUUUGAUAAUAAAAGAAAUUGCAUAUAAUGAUGUCUCUAAUAUAUGAUGUGUCUGUCAAGAAUACCAAUGCUGUCCAUAGACUAUAUAAAAACAAGUGAGGCCAGCACACUAACUCAUGGGGUAACGCCCAGGUAACGCCUGAUCAACUGUUCCUGCUCCAUGGGCACACCUUCAGUCAUGAAUGGAUUGAAAACAAACUAAUGACAUGUGUUGUGUUGUUGUGUAUAGCAAACACAAUGAUUGCCUCACAGCCCUGUUUUCUAACUCUUAGUCAUCGUUUUGAAUCUCUUUGUAGUCACUUUGUGUAUCUUAGUAGUUCUGUGUCUCUAUGUAGUCAAUUGCAGAGUUGUACUGGUCAUUUAGUGGUCGUCUUCCAUCUCCCCAUAGCUGUUUGAGUGUCUCUGUGGUCUUUCUAUGUCUCUCUGUAGUAGUGUGGAGUGUCAUUGUGGUCAUUUUAUGUCUCUAUGUGGUCAUUUGUGUCUCCCUGUUGUCUUUUGAGUGUCUGUGUGGUCAUUAAAUGUCUCCUGUGUGUUGUGUUUGUGUAUCUUCACAGUCGUCUUGUGUGCCUGUUGUCAUUUGAUGUCUCUAUGUGGUCACUUGUGUUUACCUGUAAUCGUUCUGUGUCUCUAUCUUUUCAUUUUCUGCGGUAGUAUUGUCUUUUAACUUCUCUCUUUACCUUUGAAAUAAAAAAGUCACACAUAAAACGGCCUCUGUGCUUUUCAAAGAGAUGUCACCUGUUUCUAAAUUAAAACAACUCGUCUCACACGCUCACUUUGUCCCUCAUUCUUUCCUGUGGCGUGUUGGCCUGUGUGUGUGAGUCCUCCGGUGGUGACCCAUCUCCAGCCUCUACACCAUCUCCGGCUCCCCCUCACUGCUGCCUGUCGUCCUGAAGUUACCAUUAGCAACUGGGCAGCGCCCGACUCAGCUCCCAGCUCCACCGGAGCCUCUGCUGCUGCUCGUCCCUGAAGGUAAAUUCACCUAGAUUUUCAGACAACAGUGACAGACAAGUGGAUCCCAGGCCCCUAGGAUGUUGGAGAGUGUGACUGUGGUUCUCAGCUGAGGUCACAGUGAAUGGCGCUGCCAUGUUGCCAGGAGUGGGUGUGUUUGGCACAGGGAGCACAGCCCGGGUGCUGGUCCCUCUGUUGAAAGCUGAGGGCUUUGAGGUUCAUGCGCUCUGGGGCCGAAGCGAAGAGGAGGCACGCUGCUUGGCCAAGGAGCUUGGAAUACCAUUUCACACCAGCCGAUCUGAUGACGUCCUGCUGCACCAGGAUGUCGACCUCGUUUGCAUCUAUAUUCCUCCCUCAAUGACGAGGCAGAUUGCUGUCAAAGCACUGGGUAUAGGUAAGAAUGUUGUGUGUGAGAAAGCGGCAACUGCUGUGGAUUCAUUCAAGAUGGUGACUGCUGCCAGAUACUAUCCCCAGCUGCUCAGCAUUAUGGGUAAUACCCUACGCUUCCUGCCAGCCUUUGUUGCAAUGCGUCAGUUGCUGGUGGAGGGAUAUGUGGGUGAAAUGCAGGUGUGCGAUGUUCGGGUCUAUGGCCCGAGCCUCCUGGACCAGUCGUACGGCUGGACCUGCGAGGAGCUGAUGGGAGGAGGUGGUCUGCACACUGUCGGCUCUGCCAUCAUCGACCUUUUAAGUUACCUGACUGGUGCCCGAGCCCAGCGCGUUCACGGCUUACUGCGGACUUUUGUACAACAGAAUGGUUUGAUCCGAGGCAUCCGCCGCGUCACCAGUGACGAUUUUUGCUUCUUCCAAAUGUUGAUGGGUGGAACUGGUUCUCGCUCUGGUGGUGUGUGCUGCACUGUGACCCUGAACUUCAACAUGCCGGGGUCAUUCGUGCACGAGGUUAUGGUAGUUGGAUCCACUGGGAGGUUGGUUGCCAGAGGCACAGAACUGUAUGGUCAACGCAACGGGAGUAACGGUGAGGAGCUGUUGCUAGGGGACAGUGGGUGGGUGGGGCCAGAGUUGAAAGAGAUGCCCCUGCCUCACCUGCGGGGGCUGAGCUCCAUGGUAAAGGCACUGAGAGAGUCUUUUCAGGCUCACGAGGAGCGCAGGUCAUGGGCGCAAGGACCAGUUGCCAUGGCACCAACAUUUGAGGAUGGUCUGUAUGUGCAGACGGUGGUGGAGGCCGUGAAGCGGUCCAGCUGUAGCGGAGAAUGGGAGUGUGUUGAGAUCAUGAGUCAGGAGCCGGAUCCCAACCACAACUUGUGUGAGGCUCUGCAAAGAAAUAAGAACUAAUUAUAUUUAUACAACCAGUGCAUCUACUACAUGUCUGACUAAACUGGGCUCUGAAUGUCGCUCCGUUAAUUCUGCUGCUUUGGCAGUAUACAUUUAAUACACAUGACUACUUUGUAUUUUCACAUUUUGAUCGCAAUAUUUUGAUCGAGAGAAUAUAAUUGUGUCGUAGAUGUUUGUACCCUCACAGUUGCUUUUUGCUUUUACACUAAAUUGUCUUUCACAGCUCCAUUAUUCAGAUUCUCAAAAGAAAGUUUUUAGUUAAAGUGUGCCAAAGUCCACAUGCCAAAAAAGUAGAUGAUCUGAUCUGAUAUUCUUUCACGUUAUGAGACAUUUGAACUAACUCAUGGAGUCAUGGCUGCAAUUUCCAGCAAAACAAGACUGAAAUGUGGCACAUGUUAUUAAAUCACCAAACCUUUGUCAAAUAUUGGCCCAAAUCAAACUGCUCAGCUCUCAAACACAAGUUAAUAUCUCAAUAUGGACUUUAUUUUCACUUUAAGCAGUUUGCGUGGGUACAUGAAUGUAGAAAUCAAAAUAAGUACCUUAAGAUAUGCAAGAAUGUUGUUUUCUUUUUUUUCUUUUUUUUUCAUGAGUUCUUAGGAAAAUUAUUAAAGCAGCACGUGAAGAGUUGGAAGUCUAUGGAAAAAACAGCCUGACGUGCUAACCCGGUGCACAAGUACAUACGCAAUACUGGCUUAACAUCCUUUUGCAAAAUUUUGGGUCAUGACUAAUUUUUGAGAAUCACAGAAGUAAAUCACCACUAACAAAAUGUUUGUGUCCAGCACAGACACUGUGAGAGGUUAAAAUCUAACUGUAAUUUACAGUCCAACAUUUGAAUCUCUACUGAACGUAAUAUAUUUAUAAAUAUUUGGGUGUUAAUGUUUUCCCAACACCAAUAGCACUUUGUGUUUACCACGGACAUGAAUGUGAAAAACAAAGCAUGAGGAUGAUUUGACUAACAAAAUCCUUCUCUGGCUGCAGUAGGAUCACUAUCAGAAUGCAAAUCACAAACCAGUGGAGAUCAGCCUAAGAAUACUGGAGCUGGGUAGUUUUUUAAAGAAAGUGCAUAAUAAUAAGCAGAUAUUCAAAUUGUUGAAAAUAUUUCAAGAAGGGCUUGUAAGUUUUUAUGUUAUGAACUGCCACGACACACAUGAAAUACCAGGGAUCACAAUAAGCUAUGUAGAGAAAGGAAUAAUAGAAUGUUUGAUUUGUAGCAUUGCCCCUGAAAAUGCCCCCUUCCUAAAGUGAUACCUCAUUUUAAAUCAAACUUUAGAGUAUCACUCAAACUGUGUAAGCCCUCAGAGAAAGUAUGAAGUUGUAGUUUCCUGCUCUAUAGACGUAUCAGCUGUGGUGAGCUGGAUUACACCUUUUGCUGUGGACUUUAGAAGACACAAGUUUUCACGGUAUCAAAAACAUUUAAACCCCUCAGACCACACCAGCAUCAUCUCAGAAUUUGGAGCCAUAAUAAAUACAUGACUUCAAGGAUGUUGUUGUGGAACACAGAUUCCCCAUUUUUAGUUUUUAUUUGGGUCGAUAUUGACUGUUUGGAACAAACAACAUACGUAGAGACAGCGGUGAAUUGGCUCAGAUGGAUUUAUAGGAUUGUUGGUACCUGUUUUCUGCUGUAAAGUCUUGUCACCAGUGGUCAUCUAUUUAACCACUGAAACUGACUGAAGGAGGGAACUACCAGCCGCCUGUUGAUUUUACACAUAGGACAGAUUAUAGGUGGAGUAACAGGUUGAAUAUUUACAUAGGCAGGAACAGGUUUGUCCUAAAAAUCGACCUUUCAUUGUUCAACUGUCAAAGUUUUUAAUACAAAGCCAGAGUUAAAAUGUAAAAAAAAUAAUUGUUUACAUGUGUUGGAGUAAUCCUUUGUUUUUUACAAGAUUUAGUUUUAUGCAGUCUAUGCAUUUAAAGUUAUAACAGAUGUAUAAAUCCAAAGGGCGGGGCCACCACCCCCCCUUGUUGCAACCGUCACCCUGAAUAAUUGCUGAGCUGUUCAUUGAGUAGAACCACUGGAUUUGACGCGUGAGAGUAGAAAUGCGUGCCUCUCCAACGUGUUUACACAACGAGGCAGGAAGUGUUAGUCUGCGGUUGUUCUAGUCGCACACUGCAUCUCGGUUCUGCUGAAUAUCCUAAAUAAUAUUAAAGACAGAUGCACACUUACCUCACGCUUUCCUAACAGUGCUUUACAAAAACCCUGAAUCAAGUUUACAUUUAGUGUUUUUACUACAUUUGCCUGCAGGAUGAUCCAUAACCCACCACUUUUAAAAUACAUUCCAACUGACUUUUCACCAUCUUGUUGACAGUUGUAUUCGUUUUGUUUUUUGCACUGAUAACUGAUAAAAUGCCACCUAUUUAAUAUGCAGUGUAAUGCUUGUACCAGCCAGCUCACUGCAAAAAUUGACUUUACAUUUGUCUGUCUAAGGAAGACAUUUUGUAUUUAUUUAUGUUUUGAUGUGGAGAAGGUUUCCCUCAGUUCAUUCUGUUCAGUGUUUGUGUUUUCAGCGUGUGAAUUUCUGUUAAAAGCUAUUAUAUUUAUCUUGUUUCGCUUUAAAUGUUGUUUUAAUUGAUAAUUUGGCUUUUUGAGCAUAAUGUGUUUAAGUUGGGUAACUUUACUGUUCAUCUGCCUGACAAACAUUUCCUUUAAUAAAUACAAUUGUCUUCAUUUA